GACUAAUGUGGGGCUUUUAUAAUGAUUACCCAGCAGCAGCUGGCACUCCUUUCCUCUGCAUGCUGUGCAUUGGAGGAUCUCAUGUAGGCCACAUGGUCAGCAGUUGAGGUUCAUACACACAGGGAGGUGUGUGUGUGUUUCCUGCAGAAGAGUGAGGGACAUGACUCGACCACUUCGAAAGAGAAAAAGUGGCAGAGAACAGAAACAAAACAAGAAAACUACUGAUGUAUGUGGAAAAACAGCACUGGCAAUUCCAGUCCACUUUGAUGAUGUAGCCAUCUACUUCUCUGAAGAAGAAUGGAAUUGGUUAGACGCAGAGCAGAAAGAUCUCUACAAGUGUGUAAUGCUGGAGAACUACAAUGCACUCAGAUCCCUUGGAUAUGUUAAUGAAGAACCAAGUUUAGUCUCAAAACUUCAGCUUGGAGAAAAAGCUUGCUUGGAAGCUCAAAGGCAAUGGACGAAACCUCAAUGUUGUGCUGCAGAUUCGCAAGAAGAUUUGCACUCUCCCCAGAAUAUUGGAAACCAUGACAUCAAUAACUCAAAAACUCGGAGACCUUCAGAAAAGAAGCAGAAAGAUCACGCACGGGCGCCUUCAUUUCCCAAAACGUCAGUAUAUAAUCUUCGGCAGCGUGUGAAGAUACAGAAUACACAUGAAGAUAAGGAGAGGACAGGAUAUGGACAGCGUGGUCCCCACCAGAACAUGUCCUCAGUUGUCACCAGACAGAAGCAGAGGCCUCAGUCGGCAAAGGCUCCCUAUACCUGCAAUGUGUGUGGGAAAAGCUUUGCCUUUUCUUUAUACUUAGAAAGUCACCUAAAGCUACACUCAGGAGAAGCACUGUUUGAAUGUUCUGAGUGUGGAAAGUGCUUUAAAUAUAAAUUCCAGCUCCAAAGACACCAGCCUAUACAUACAGGGGAAAGGCCAUAUGGCUGCAGUGAGUGUGGGAAGUGUUUCUCAUUCCAGUCUACACUGAUGAAGCACCAGCGCGUUCACACCGGAGAAAAGCCCUAUAAAUGUUUGGAAUGCGGCAGGCACUUUAGGUUCUCCUCUUCCAUAAUUGUGCAUCGGAGAACUCACACUGGGGAAAGACCUUUUACUUGUAAAGAGUGUGGUAAAGCCUUCACUCAGGGUUCAGCUCUAACCAUCCAUCAGAGGUCCCACACCGGAGAAACACCCUACAGAUGUGUUGAGUGUGGCAAAGGCUUCAGUCACAAGUCACAUCUUAUCACACACCAGAGGCUUCACACUGGCGAGCGCCCAUAUGCCUGCAGUGACUGUGGCAGAACAUUUAAGCAUAGUUCCCAAGUGAUAGUUCACCAGAGAACCCACACGGGGGAAAAGCCGUACACCUGUAAUCACUGUGGAAGAUCAUUCGCACAAAGUUCUCACCUUAAUCAACACCGCAAAUGUACUCAUUCAUGACAACAUUGCUGAAGAUUGGCAGGAGCAGUUC